AGUCGACGACACUUGCUACAGGUGUCUAUCUGCUCGCAUGUGUCGAAAGUGGUUUUUACUCCUAAGACGAAAUUUUGUAAAUAAGGGAAAACAUUGUUUUUGCAACGUACGUGAAGUGAGACUGUCUUUAUUUUUAUUCCUUUUGUGAUUGACGCCCAGUGACUGACGCAAUAUACUUUUUUUAACGUGAGGAUAAAUGGAAUAAUUUUACAAUAUACUUUUUAUAACGUGUGAAUAAAUGAAAGCUUUACCCGGUGAAAUUGCGAAGCUAGUAUCUGGAUUCUGACAAAAAUCUAGAUAUAAAUAACAUUUGAAUUUUCUUAAAACAGUCCUAAAGUGAAAUCUAAGUUUUCGAUGACGACCCGACGUGAACUUCAUUAAGAAGAAGAAGAAUUAUGACCUGAAAUGACCCCCGGAUUCCUUUGCGUAAGAGGUCAAGAGUAAAAAGGUCAGACGUAGUUCAAGGACACAAGAGGUCAAACAUUUUUUGGAACUGGUAGAAAAUCAGGUUCAAGUUUGAUGAAUUUUUGAAAUUGAAAUUCCAGAAUUUUAAGAUAUGUCUUUCUUUUAUAGAAUGCAAGAGAUAGUGAGUCUCUAAAGACAGUCCUUAAAAAACACAAGUAUUUUUGGAAAUCGUAGAAGAAAUUCAGAUUCAAAUUUGGUGAAUUCUUGCUCAAAUUUGGAAUAAAAAUCAAAGAAUUAUUAUUAAGGAUACGAGUUUCUCUAGAGAGUCAAGAUGAAUUCCAACUCGUGAAGAAAGAAAGAAGAAAUCAGUUGUACUCAAGAUAAACAAAGAAACCUUAAGUGACACCUUCCAAAGAAGACAGAAGAAUAAGAAACUAGAUAUAAAAAGGAAAACGCCCGUGGCACCUCCAAAGAAGACAAAGGAACAGGAAAAUAAACAUAAAACCCAGCGAAGAGGAAGGCAGAGGUGGAUCCAAGAGUAAGGAGUGUGACCGGAAGAGGAGUAGGAGGAGGAAGAGGCGGAGGAGGAUGUUGUCCGUACUAAGCAUGAUGGAGGAACACCUCGAGGAUGAGGAGGAGGACCACCACCAUCCGGCCGAGGAUGACCCGUCUUCACAUCACCACACCGUCCCCUUGUCCAAGGCCGAGCUGAGGAAGAGCAAUAAGCCGAUCAUGGAGAAACGGAGACGGGCCAGAAUCAACACUUGCUUGAACGAACUGAAGAGUCUCAUUCUGGAUGCUAUGAAGAAAGACCCAGCGAGACACAGCAAACUGGAGAAAGCUGAUAUACUGGAAAUGACCGUGAAGCACUUGCAAGCAGUACAGAGACAGCAGUUGGCUCUGGCAGUUGCCCACGACCCUGCUGUCCUCACCAAGUUUCGGGGAGGGUUCGCCGAAUGUGCCCAGGAAGUUACGAGAUAUGUAUCGAGAAUAGAAGGAGUGGACGCCGGUGUUCGACAGCGCCUUCUGCAGCACCUAGGUCAGUGUGUGUCUGGCCUUUCAGCUAUGACGCCGUUAUCGUUUACUGCCAUGGCGGGACUUCCACUGCCACUGGCCCACUUACAAGGAACAGCUAUGCCACAAGCCCCGCCUCCACAACUGCAACAGAGUCCGGGCGAUGUUAACAACAACCAGGCACGUCUCCUCCACGGUCUAGUGGCAGCUAGGCUUGCUGCUGCUGGAGACACAGCAGGGGCUGCCUUACUUCUCCAUGGAGGAUUGUCCUUGCUGGCUAGAGCUGGACCUCAUGGGAAUGCUCAGCCUAACACUCAGCAAGCGCCUCCACCAGUGUCUUCUCAAGGACCACGCACAGCUCCUCCACCUCAACAAACAGCUAUUCAGCCACCACAGGGGCUGCAGCAUUCUUUGACUAAAAUUAACGAAGGUGCCUCUUCUUCUGGGGAACGUCCCUUAAGGCCCUCUGCCUUCACUGCCGUUAGAAGAGCUUCUUCGCCACCCAGAGCACAAUUAGAACCUCGUAUCCGCCCACAGGAGUCUUUACAAAGUGGCCCGAUGCAACCGAUCAUAGCACCAACUGCUCGAAGAAUUUUCACAGUGCCAGAUCAUAAACAAGAGACUGUGAUCAGUGCACAAGUUGCAGUACAACCUGUCAAUCUAACACUUCAGUCAGCUGGGUCUCACGAGGGAGACAUAAGAACACCGAUAGAUUUUUCUUUCAAGAAAAGACAGCUUGAGAGACCCACUCCAACCCAUCCAGCAAUAUCCAUUCCUACCCCAAAACACCCAACGCAAUCCCAGGUCUUUCCUGCGCACAUUGGUCAAAAGGACUCCCUUUUACAACAUCCGCCGUCCGCACAUGUGGGUGUUACAACUCCUGCUCUCACUCAGACAACUUCUACACAUUGUACAGUUCCUCAUACAGUGCCAACACCCUCCCAGUCCAUUGCUACAGAACCAGCAGCAACUAAUCUGUCUCUGACAACUCCCCAUCAUUCUCAUCCAUAUCAUACUUCUCUUCCACCCGUCCUUUCUAUGCCAUCACCAACCGUUCCAUUGCCUGACCAGUAUGAAUCCACUAAUACUUUAGCCUUAGAUAAACCUCGUGAAAAAAGGCCCCUUGAUGACCCUGAGAGUUCAAACCCUCCCUCGAAAAUAAUGAAGACUGACAUGCCUUCUCAUGGACCAAUACCAGCUCCUCUGCCCUUGAAAAUGACACCCCCAGACACGCCAAUAGCCCCCUUAGUGCCUUCUGGAGUAAUACCACACAGAAUGUCUCCACCUCCGAUUACUCCAUUGCCCCUGAGAGAGGCAUCGCCACAAAAGGAGGUCAGCCAGCCGGGACCAUCUCCAAAAAAGACACCCCCUCCUCCUCCAUCUCCCCACCCGUCGGGGUCAUCGCCGCCGAUUGGGGCAACGACGCCAAAGAAAGAAGUCACCUCAGAAGACAAUGCUUCCCCAGACCGGCCCUCCACUUCGGCACCUCAAGAAGACAAAGACAUGUGGAGACCCUGGUGAUGAAACUGCAGCUUCAUUUUAUAGUGUUCCAGUUGCCAAGAGUUUUUUUAGCUGUUCUAUGGCUGACAAAUACUCGUUUGUGCCAAAACCGGUGUUAAACUAAUGUUCUAAGAGUGUAGACCUACAAACCAGUGAUCAGUGCCAAAAUCCUACAAGUGUAGAAUUUUCCCGGUGAGGACAUAACUUUAUGAUUGUGAUACUGUUGGCCUUGUUCGUUUUAGAAGAUGAAUAUUUGACUAUUAAUGCUCAGAAUAAGAUAUGUUUUUAUGCUGUUCUGUUAAAUUGGUAAAGUGAUCGAUUAACUAAGGUUGGAAAACUCACAUCAUUACAAUAUGUUUACCAGUACCCACUCCAUAUUCUCAGUAGUGUUGCUUAUACGAAAAACUCUUAUAGAUAUUAGUUGACACAGUAUUCCUAUAACACUAAUGCAAGUAUAUGUAUAUAUAUCGAAACUAGCAUAGGCCGUCUCGGUAGGUUAGGCUGAGUCCAUAGGCUCACACUAGGAAUCGUAUUCAUUUACGCCUGCAGUUCCGUCAUUUACGGGAUGCCAUCGUGUCAGGGCUUUUUCUGGCUUAAGGCCGGGUCACCGCUAGUUUUUGCCUUGCAAAAUGGUCUUACAAAUUCUAUUUUAUCCUUAAAUGAGCCAUUUUGAAAUACAACAAUGACCUCAUAUAAUUUCACUGCCAUGCCCAGUGGAGGCUGAGUGUGGAUUCGUCAUUAUAAAUUGUUUACGAAGAUUAAAUGUAUUUAUUUUUUAAAAUCACCAUUCAGUCAAGUUCAGACUUAUAUCUCUGGAGUCGAGAGUUAUUUUAACGUUGAUAUCUACUUUAAUUUAAGUAUCUGACCUUCAUUCUACUUUUCAUUUUAAAUAAUAUUUAUUAUAUUUAGCUUCUACGUAGAUUUGUGCCAUACGAAGAACUUCCUAAUAUUUUUGUCUUUCUCCCAAAACAAGAGGGUCUGACCCCUUCAACAACUAUUUUACUUCCCCCACUUUCACCCGCUGUUACCCCUUCCUUCUAAGGCUUCAUUUACCGCCCUCAAAAUUCUUCCCAUACUCUAAUGAUCUUUAGUCACCAAAAAUCUAAUUAAUUUAUAUUUAUUAAGUUCGGCAACAGGGCCUUUCGUAUUACACAUACACAUCUUCAGGGUGCAAAAGCUCAUAUGUAAAUUUUAUCCCUGUGCCAUUCAUAUAUAGAUUACUAUGAAAGAAUAGUGCCUUCAGAAUACUUAGUACAAAUAAUGCCUUUUCAAGCAGAAAUGUAGCUUGGAAACUAUAUUAUAGUUAUUUUUUUUCAAGAUGUAUUUUCUGUGCUAAUAUUUCCCAUAUGAUAUAAACUAUCUCGUGAGUAGCAUCUCUGUAUACUUAUAAAAUAUUGUAAUAUUAUUCCCAUAAAAAUUAUCUUUAAAUGGUAUAUCUCAUUACGGUAUAAGUUUGUAGAUAUGAUAGAUUUCUGUGAAAUCUACAAAAAAAUACUAAAUGACGUUUGCCUUGAAGGUUUUCGUCCGAAAAUUCUGUGAUAUUUUAAGGAAUAAA